AGUAUUUCUAGCGUAAUGGACACCAACCACAUGGAUGAUGGCAUGGAGAUGGAGGUCAUGCCUGGCUACAUUGAGCUCAUCACCAGAGCAUAUUCAGUCAUUUUCAGUGCCUUUAGAGACUGUAAAGACUGCGGACUGGAACUGUCCAUAAAAACCUUGCUGGAUCAUGCCUACAUAACCUGGAUCGAGAUCUUCAUGUUCUUCAUGAGCGCGGUCAUGUGGACGAAGGUGCGCAAGGGACUGACCGUGUACAUCUUUGAGCCUUUUGGACAAUGGUGUUGCAUCCCAUCAAAAGAUGUCUCAAAGAUGCCGGAGAGCGCGUGGAAGCUGGUCUUCUACACAAUGUCAUGGUCAUACAGCACCUACCUUUUGUUUUUCACUAGUUAUUCCUUCUUUCAAAACCCUCCAUCUGUGUUUUACGACUGGAAGAGUGGGAUGUCGGUACCCACCGAUAUUGCGAUAGCUUACCUUAUCCAGGGCAGCUUCUACGGCCAUUCGAUAUAUGCAACGGUCUACAUGGACGCAUGGAGGAAGGACUCCCUUGUCAUGGUGGUGCAUCACUUCAUCACUCUGGCCCUGAUCACAUUCUCCUAUGCCUUUAGAUACCACAACAUUGGCAUUCUCGUCCUCUUUCUCCACGACAUCAAUGACAUUCAGUUGGAAUUCACCAAGGUCAACGUUUAUUUCAAGAUCCGGGGAGGGAAAGAGUACUUCAUCAAUGACGUCCUGUCCAACAUGGGUGCCGUUAGCUUUAGCAUCACAUGGUUUUGGUUCCGUUUGUACUGGUUCCCCCUAAAAGUUAUGUGGGCCUCCUGCGUCACCAGCAUCCAGUCAGUUCCCACCAUCCCUUUCUACUUCUUCUUCAACACACUCCUGCUUGCUCUGCUCCUCAUGAAUAUCUACUGGUUCCUGUUCAUCGUGCUGUUUGUGGCGAAGGUCCUGACAGGCCAGAUGAAGGAAGUAAACGAUGUCCGGGAGUACGAGGAAGAUCAUCUAAAGGAGAGAACAGACACUAACGAUCAGACGUCUAACGAAGGGAACCAUGUGCAGAAUGGGACCAGCAAGAAGAAACAUCAAUAAUAUCUAGAUGCUGCCAUCUGCAGGCACUUAACCAUGACUGCAAGGUACUUACGUGACCUAGUUUGAUUCUAACCUCGGACCGCCAAGGUGAUUGGACAGUCAUACAGAGAACAAGAAACAAAUCAACCAUCGUCUUUGUUUUUGUUAAUCACUGUAAUUGUAAUAUAAUCAUAGCACUGUGAAUGUUAUUUGUUAUUGCUUUAAA